UGAAAAGGUCAGAGGGCCCCUGUUUAGCCCUGACUGCAGCUCUAGGAUCAUCCUCACUUUGACUUACUCUGCUUGAGAUCCACCUGCAACCAUGACAACCAAAUCCAACAGUGGGGUUCUGGGUGGCAAGGCCUCCUCCUCUCCUCUCUUGUCCUCUCCACCCCGCCAACGUCUGGUCACCAAAGACGGACACUGUGCCCUUCGUCCCCCUCUAUGCCCUUCAGGCUCAUGGCGCGGGGCCUCGGGCAGAGCCUGGCUUCUGGCCCUGCAGGACCUGUGGGGACUGUUGGUGGGUCUGCGCUGGAGAUGGGUCCUGCUGGCCUUCUGCGCCUCCUUCCUGGCCCACUGGCUGCUGUUUGCCUGCCUGUGGUACUUGCUCGCUCACCUCAACGGAGACCUGGCUGUGCAGGACCAUGAUGCCCCCCCACAGGGGCAUGUGGUUUGUGUGAAGCAUAUUACCAGCUUCACUGCUGCUUUUUCUUUCUCCCUGGAAACACAGCUGACCAUUGGGUAUGGCACCAUGUUCCCCAGUGGGGACUGUCCUAGUGCCAUAGCACUGCUGGCUGUGCAGAUGUUGCUGGGGCUCAUGCUGGAAGCAUUCAUCACAGGUGCAUUUGUAGCCAAGAUUGCACGUCCCCAGAAGCGAGCAGGAGCCAUCCAGUUCAGCCCCCAGGCAGUGGUGGGCCAACACCAAGGCCAGACGUGCCUCAUGCUACGAGCCACCAACCUACUGCAGCGACCACUGGUGGAUGUGAAGGUGAGUGCUGUGCUCUAUGAGGAGCAUGAAGGUCAGGCUUUGCACCAGACCUCUCUGGACUUCCACUUGGAUCAUCUGGGCCAACAGCCCUGUCCCUUCUUCAUCUUUCCCCUCACCUUUUACCAUCCCCUGGACCGCCGCAGCCCCCUCUACCCUGCCCUGUGUGAGGGCAUGUCCAACCACUUUGAAUUAGUGGUAUUCCUGUCAGCCUUGCAGGAGGGAACUGGUGACUCCUGCCAGAAGAGGACCUCUUACCUGCGCCAAGAAAUCCAGUUUGACCGUCGCUUUGUCCCCGCCUUGGGGCUGGACGCUCGAGGGAGAUACAUGGUAAACACCCAGCACUUUGACACGGCCCACUCAAAAGAGUCUUUGAACAAGGACUGUGUGGUACAGAUCAACGGUGAUGGCAGUGACAGAAUGGAGUAA